AUGGCCACUAAUAGCAACAGCAAUGAUGGUACCAACCAGCAACCUAUAAUUCAGAAGAGGAAAAGGGUUACAAGGGCGUGCGACGAGUGUCGUAAGAAGAAGGUGAAAUGUGAUGGGCAGCAGCCUUGUAUUCAUUGUACGGUCUAUUCGUAUGACUGUACGUAUGACCAGCCGACUAAUAGGAAGAAAACAGGGGCAGAUCUCCACCUCAUAGAGUCCAAGCUGAGGGCUGCUGAACAGGUGUUGCAACUGCUGUUGCCGGGUGUUGAUGUCUUUGAUGCAAGCUUUCAGUUCGAAGUGCUCGAAAAGAAGUUCAACGACCUGAGAACCUCCGACGGUACACUCAACUUGUCAACAGUGGCUGAAGAGUACCUGAAAGAGGCCCCUGCCUCUGUCAAGUCAGAUCCAGAUCUAGGCUCACCACCAAACUCUGGUUGGAAGUCCACGCUCAGUGGGACCACUGCCGAUUCCAACUCAAGGCCUUCAAAGAAACAGAGAAUCCUUAUACCUCAUUCCAAUAUUGAUGGUUCGAUAGAGUCAAGAGACGGCCGUGAGAUUAAAAUCAUUCUACCACCAAAAAAUGUUGCCUUGGAGUUGGUUACGAAGACUUGGGCAUCACCUUGUGUUCUGUUCAGAUUUUACCACAGACCUUCCUUCAUUAGCGAUUUGGACGACUUAUACGAAACUGACCCGGAGAAUUAUACGAAUAAGCAGAAUAGGUUCUUACCCUUGGCUUAUUCCGUCAUGGCCGUGGGUGCGCUGUUUAGUAAAAGAAAUGGAGUGGACGACAAGUUCUUGGAAGAUGAAGGUUACAGAUACUUCAUCGCUGCUAGAAAGCUGAUUGAUAUUACAGAUGCUCGUGACUUGUACGCCAUUCAAACUAUCGUGAUGUUGACUCUGUUUUUGCAAUGUUCUGCAAAAUUGACAACGUGUUAUUCCUACAUUGGUGUUGCCUUGAGAUCAGCUUUGAAAGAAGGUAUGCACAGAAAGAUCGAGAAUGGAUUCAACCCUAUAGAGCUGGAAACAAGAAAGAGACUAUUUUGGACAAUCUACAAGAUGGACAUAUACGUUAAUACCAUCUUAGGAUUACCGAGAUCAAUUGACCCGGAGGAUAUCGAACAAGACCUUCCGUUGGAAUUGGACGAUGACAAGAUAACAGAACAAGGGUAUUUGGAGCAAACACAAGGAAAGUUGAGUUCAGCAGCGAUUGCAAACUCUCACACCAAGUUGAUUCUCGUGCUGAACAACAUUGCGAAGAACCUGUACGCAAUUAAUAACGACUUGAGGUUGACCUCUCAUGAAAAAGUUUCCGAAAUGGAACUCCAAUUAAGGGAGUGGUUGUCCAAUUUACCGAAGGAACUCAUUCCCGGAUUCGAUCCACCGUUCCAGUACUACAAAGCUAAUAGGUUACUGCACUUGUCAUUUUUGCACGUUCAAAUUGUACUCUACAGACCAUUCAUUCAUUACAUCUCACCAAAGUAUACAGCACAACCACAUGUGGAUGCCCUUUCAAUUCAAAGAGCCAAAAACUGUAUCAGUGUUGCAAGAACAGUUGUUAAGCUUGCACAAGAUAUGAUUAAGAAGAAUAUGCUGUCUGGAUCAUACUGGUUCUCCAUCUACACAAUUUUUUUCUCAGUUGCAUGUCUUGUAUAUUAUGUCCAUGAAGUUCCACCUGAUGAGUUCCAUCCUGAUUACGAUAAUAUAAGAAGUGAUGCAGAAGCUGGUAAAGAGAUACUUACGCUUUUGAAAGAUUCAUCGAUGGCUGCAUCGAGAAUUUACACCAUUUUGAACUCAUUAUUUGAGAAACUGAACAGAAAGACCCAGUACCUGCAACAACAAAGAGAAAUGGAAAAGCAGAGACAUUCUCAAGAACAGGGAGGACAAAUGGAGAUAUUCCAACCUCUCAGAAUCUCAUGCCUGGCAGUCCAACAGCAGCAACAGCAACAGUCACAACCACAACAACAGGAACAGUUUAAUAACAUUAAAUUGGAGGAAGGAUUGAAUGACUUUGACCAUUUAGCAAACUUUGACAAUUUCAUCAAUCAGCCUAUUGCUAAUAAUGGUGAUAAUGGAACAGCAAAUGCUACUGACGUACCAACAAAUCCACCUGAAAAUAGUUAUAUGCCUGGUAUGAUUGACCAAUUGGAUAUGCAAAUAUUUGGUCGUUUCCUGCCACCAUAUAUGCUUAAGCGUCCAGAUGGAUCCGUUGGGCCAGGUGCAAAUGGUGGUGAUUUACCUAGUGGGCUACAGACGACUCCAUUGCCAACUAAUUUUGACGACUUGCCUAUGAACAACUCUACGGAGUUUAAACAGGAACUAGACAGUUCAUGGUCAACCCUAGGUACAACAGAUUUCAGCAAUUUCAUGAAAUGAGGAUCUGUUGAAAGCUUGAAGAUUAUCGCUUAGUGUGUGCUGAUUGUUCUUCAAACCAACUGGGCGCACAGUUGAAGACACCAGUUUACAUUAUUUACAACUGUUUCGAGAAAUCAAAGGUCUAAUGUCUUUUAUAUACGAUUUACCGGAAGUCCAUAUAGAACAACUAAUUAAUAAGUCAAUUUAUCAGCAGCUCCAUAGCGAU